ACAAUCUACACAGAAAUGGUGGUUCUUGGGCUUCAGCUUUCGUAACGACAAAAAACAAAUUCCAGUCACAUUUCACAUUUAAUGUGCCGGAGAUCUGUUACUGCAUUGUUGACGAAUGUGUAUCGAGCAGUUGCAAUUUAAAGUUCAUAGACCUACGUGGAGAACUUGGCAGAUAUGUGGACAUGUACCUUCUGGUCCUUCAUCUUUCUGGCACCCUGGGAAGUUAGUUUGAACACAAGAGCUAAAGGCAUCACCAACGGAACAAAGCUGCAACCAGUUUACAACUUUGGCAGGAACUUUCUGGGUUUGGAUAAGUGCAAUGCUUGUAUUGGAACAUCACUAUGCAAAAAAUUAUUCAAAGAAGAAAUCAGAUUUGAGAAUUGGCUGUCUGCAGAUUUAAAACUCCCUCCCAGCCACAGGAAGACGUACUUUGCUAACUACAGCGUGGAUGCCGAGACCUGGAAGGCGGUCGUCAUUUCUCGACUACAAAGCAAUUACCAGAAUGAACUUUCUGAUAGGAAAAUCUGUCUCUCAGCAGCAAAGAAAAUUGGCUGCAGCAUUGAAAAUGUCCUUCGAGCCACAGAGCGCUUCCAGAAAUGGCUCACAGCUGAUCGGCUGACUGCUGAACUGGUUCAGACCCUCCCAAGCCCCUUGCUGAGGUGUCCAUCCCAGCGCCUGUUGGACCGGAUUGUUCGACGUUAUGCUGAAGUGAGGGACUCGGGCAGUGUCCUGAUGCGGCAUUUCACCGAUCGAGACAAACUGCGCCUGCUCUAUACGUUGUCUGUCAACACCCACCCUCUUGUUCUACAGCUUUUCCCAGGGAUAGAAGGAUGGCCAUUUGUGCGAUACUUCGGCUCUUGUGGUCGACUAAUGGUGACUCCCUGGACAAAACCCAUCAAAGAGUUCUACAAUGCAUCACCUGAAGAUACUGCCGAUGUUGCCUACCAGCUUCUACAGAUUACACACUUGCUCGGAAACAAUGACCUGAAUUAUUUUAUGUACUACACCAGUGUCAAUGACAAUAUGUUCGGCACCUUUGAGGAUGAGAGACUUUACAUUAUAGACACCAGCACAAUUGGCAUCAUUGACAAGCUGGAAGAUAAGGAAUUUGUCCAUGGAAAAAAGGAUAUCUUCUCUUGUUUGACGUCAGACUGCAAAACUGAUGUGGCAUCUUGUGGGAAUAUCAGUGAGGCACUGAGCUUCACAAAGGUGUGCAGGGAUCUCCUGCCUCACCUUGUGGUAGGAAAAUUUGCCUCUUCCCCAACCGUGCAGAACCAAAUAGACAGAUAUCUGGGUCUCUGCGGUGAUGAGAUGCUCUCCACGAAGGUUGUUCUUGAGGCAGCUGGAUCACUUAUAGAAUUGUUAAAAUCGUUGCGCUCUUGUGAUCCCCGUUUCGAAUACAGAUAUCCAGAAUGCAAAUAUAAUAAAGACUAUUGAUACCCUACACCUUCUCUAGGGUUCAAUUAGUUUGUAUUGCACAGUGUAUCCACCUACCUUGCAUUUGUGCACAUUUAUUCAUAUACAACAAAUUACAUAAUGUGCUGUGCUUUUGUAGAAUCUAUCUUCUAUACAUAAAUCUAAAACUCUGAUCUGGUGCA